UUUACAUUUAUAAAUAUGAAAUUUAGAUAAGAGAAAAAAUCAAUUAACUACAUAGAUUUUAUCAUCUUCCCGGUAUUCCAAAAUUUCCAAAAAUAUAUGCUUAAAACAAAAAGUAACGAGAGAAAUCUGGAGACUCUUCUAUGGGCGGCUCUCACCGUUAGUUACGUCACUGGUAACGCCCCCAAAGGUGAUUGACAGCUACGGUCGCGUUAGUGAGGGGCUUCUAAGCUAAAAAAAGACCCCAGAGGAGUGAAAAAACAAAAGGAUGAACGUACGUUGUUUGAUGGUGAUGGGAGCUAGACGUGAUAUAGACACGUUUGUUGCGCUGCUACAAACUUAGUCGGGUGGAGGAGCUGAUUCCCGGCGGAGCCCCUCCCCCCUCUGAUCAGGACAAACUAUUGAUCAAUCACCAGCGUCGAGAAGAGGGAAAACAAACGGACGUCACGACACGUCGGCCGCGUGGCGAGGAGGAGAAGGAGGUUCGGGAGGUUCGACGGUCCUCGGCCUGUCCGUCCGCUGUACUCGGAGCCCCUUUGUAUUGGGGUGUUUGUCUGUGGAUACAGGAUGCCGGACAAAGUGUGCGGAAUCUGCUGCAGAAGUUACACUAACUUGAAGCAGCACCUCCGUGUCAAACACACCGUGCCGAACAUAGAGGAGGUCCGGCUCCUGGUGAAAUGGGGAAAUGCCAGAACCACGGCCGGCCUCGUCUGCCCCAUUUGUUGCUCUAGCUCGGUUUUCCGGCUGGACAGGCAUCUUGCCCUGGUGCACAAGCACCUCCUACCUGAGGAGAGGGAGUGGUAUGUGACUGAGGCGAAGCGUGCCGCUAUAGAGGAAGAGUUGAAGGCGCUGCGGGCCACCGAUCCACAUCCCCCGAUGAUGUCCUCCCUCGGAAUGCUGGACGAGUUUUCUUGUGGCGGCACAGACCCCUUGGGAAAGCGAGUGGCCUCGGUCCCAGUAGCUGAUGAACCGCGACCCUCUGAUGCUGGUUCUCUGGAAGGAUCCUUGUCCUCUGGACAGCCCACGUUUGUUGACAGCACCUCUGCCCCGCUGCCCCGGGCAGAGGCCACUUCCCCCUCCUGGGGGGUGUCAUCCUGCAAGUGCAUGUGCAGCUGCCACGCCCAGAUGUUAGAGGAAAUCAUAGCUAGGGUGGAGAGACUAGAACGAAUCCUCGCCCAGCAAGGGCUGCUGCCGGACCAGGAGCCUCAGCUCCACUGCCCACAAAGGCCAGCCGCCUCCAGGAUGCCCCCCUCAGUCACGUGGGAACCGCCACAAGCCAGGAACCAAGAAGCCCGGCCACCAUCGUUCAGCCGAACCAGAAAGAGGGCUACGGAGACCAACGCAGAUGCCCCACCAGUCCCCAAGCGGAGGAGCGUGUUGGACACAGAAACCCCCUCUGACGGGCCUCAGUCCAUCCCAGGAACGUGUCGUCGUUACUUCAGAUGGGUCACCGUGAGACUGGAACGCCUUCCAUCCACAUCAAGACUUCUGAAACCCAAAGUUUCUUCCUCCCGGGAGAAGAAAGAUCUCCAAAACACUCCAAAGCCAGAGCCCAGACUGUCCAGUCCAGAAACCCAAACAUCUCUGGAGGAAUCAUGACUGGAUGCUGUUGUUUACGUUUCUGUUUGAAGAGUUUAAGGAUUUUCACUGGAAGAGCUGUUUCACUUCUGUCACAGUGUUUAUAGUCUGUUUUAAAGCAUUCAGCUGUUGGUGUCGAUCAUGUGACCGUCUAGUGAACAAAUGUUGUUCAAUAAAGUUUUAAGUCCA